ACCAUUUUUUUUUUUUUUUACAUUCGAGCCAUCUCUUCAUUCGAUUCAUCCAUUCUAUCUGGCUCACAUUUGCUUUCACCUUCAUCUACUCUGUACUAACUACCAACUAUUACCACCAUGUCUGAUUCUGCCGAUUCUUCUGACUCUGAAGUUUACAUUCCUCGCGACCCAGUUGUUCCUCUCCCUGUCUCAGGCCCUCGUGAACGCAAAAAAGUCGAACGCUUCGCUAUUGUUACUCCUGAGAAAACUGAGAAGCCCAUUGUCAUCCCACAGGGCAAAGGCAAGAAGCUGUGCGAUAUUCCAACUGUCAAUAAUAAUCUUGACAAGUUAAAGGCGAUCGACGAGACUGCACGAGGGCUCCAUCGCCUUCUGUUCGGUAGGAACGGAGUUCCCAAGGCCCUCAAAGCCAACUUACGCGAGUUCCAUGGAUUCCCUGAUCUUAGCGAGGUAAUUAAAAAAAAAAAUUCAUCAUUUUUCAAGCUCUGAUAUUAAUUUUCCCAUCACAUUUUUUGCUCUUUGAAUAAUAUGCAUGUGACCUUCAUAAUAUCAUAGAAAGAAGAGGAGGCUAUUGAAGAGAAG